AUGGUCCUCGCUCCGUCGGCGCGCGGCCUUGGCGAUUGGAAUCCCUUCGCGCCACGCGCCGAGCGGAUCCGGGAGGGCGGCUGCGAGGUGGACUUUCGGAUGGAGAUCGUCCAUCUGACCAAGCGGCGCGUCAGCGGCGGCGUCGCCAUCGCCGCGCCCGCCGCAGACGUGUGGCGUGCGGUGACGUCGUACGAGCGGUUUCCGGACUUCAUUCCGUCAAUCAUUUCGCACGAUGUGCGGAGGGGGGAGGCGGGGCGCGCGGUGAUCGACCAGGUGUCGCAGCUCUCGCGGCGGCUCAACAUGCGCUCGCAGAUGACCCUCGAGGCGGUCGAGUCGCCCGACGCCCGCAGCGUGACGCUGCGGCGCGUCUCUGGGCACGGCUUUCUCGAGUUUGAGGGGCA